AUGCUUGCUCGUGGUCUGGAUUUCAUCUCUGAAGUCCUCAGUGGUCUUCGUUUGUUAACGUUCUACUUGUUGUUUGUCGUAGGACUUCUCGGUCUUGCACUAUUGUUCCUCUUUCGAAACGCAAACUGGGAUGGGAAAACCAUCGUAUCGCCUCUUUGCGAAAAUUGCCAGAAUGUACUACUGGAGUCACGGUUGUCGGAGUGGUAUGACUGGGACAACAUAGACGCUGUCCAAUGGCACGAAUUUUCUGUGAUCGACAGUCACCCUAUUAAUCUUGCUAACGCGACUUGUCAACUCUGUGUCAUUUUCGCAGCUACUCUUCAAAAAAAGACACAACACCUACAUUCGGACCAACCGUACGAACCGUUGCUUGCGACCAGUGCUCCCGAGUAUGGCACCACGCUAGCACCUAGUCUAAGCUCCAAGCUCAAGGUGUCCACUAGUAGAGGCCGUACAGUUAUACAGUUGCACACACCUGAGGCCGUGACACCGGCUUUUGAGGUCCACAUUGGAUAUGGAGAUCGAGCUCUUCGUCCAUCUCCAUCUCGUUUGACGAGUACGAAUUCUGAAAGCGUAACGUUACUUGCGAAAUCAUGGAUAGAAAAAUGCACCCGAGGGCAUGUCGAAUGUAACCGGAGAUCUCUAUUCCUUCCAAGGCGUCUACUGAAGUUAAGCGGGGCAGACAUGGUGCAAGUGCAUUCGACGAACAAACACCCAGAAAACCGUCGAUCAAACACCAACUAUACCGCACUCAGCCAUCGUUGGGGGAAAGAUGGUGUCAAUUUUCGGUUGACUAGGUCUACUGAGGAACUACUCGCUACACCGUUCCGAGCAUCUCUUCUACCCCGUAAUUUUCGUGACGCUAUCCAAAUAACGCGGUCGCUAGGCUACGAUUAUAUCUGGAUAGACUCACUAUGUAUCAUCCAGGAUGACGAGGAAGAUUGGAAAGCCGAAUCAAUCGUCAUGAGCGACAUAUAUGCAAACGCAGAGUGCACUAUUGCCGCUACAGCUUCGGACAAUACCCAAGGUGGCUGCUUUCGCUCCUGCGACUCCUUUCUGUCUACCGAUUGCCUACUAAUGGGCUCCUACAAUUCAUACAUAUACAUUUCAUCUGAACUUCCAGAGAAGAAGUUAAGCAUCGGGGCGCUAGUCCAAGAAAUGGCAGACAAGGCACCCUUGAACGAAAGAGCAUGGACCUUCCAGGAGCGCCUGCUUUCACGUCGUAUUGUGCAUUAUUGUGAGGGCGUGGUCUUAUUUGAGUGCAGCGCCAUGUAUGCAUCAGAGUGGGAACCCAACGGCCAGCCGCACCGACGAAAAGAAUACGUUCGCCACGACGGGAGAUUAUACACAGGCACUGAACUCGAGACUUUGAGAACAGUAACUGUUCCACGCACCAUUCGUGAACCAUGCUACGAGUAUGUCCAUCCAAACGGCCGGAUUCGAAUCGCGAAGCGCAUGCGACUCGUUGCAAAUCCACAAUAUGCGCGCGACGCACAGGUCGAGCAACAAAAGAAAUUACUCAUAUCUCAAUCUGCUAGAUAUGGAAUCCGGGGCGCGCUAGACAUGCUGCAAUCGCUGCCGAAAACGAGCCUCUCACAGGCUGAGCAGCUUGAAUGCCAUGAUCGCUGGUAUGAGCUUGUAUCCGCAUACUCGCGCCGUUCGAUCACGUUCAAGAAAGACAGAUUAAUAGCCUUAACUGGGCUUGUAAAACUCAUUGAGAGUAAUAAUAACGAGAUGGUGAACGUGGCAGGCAUGUGGAAAUCCACACUGGCUCUGGAUCUACUAUGGAGUAGUGCGGGGCCAACAAGAGUAGCGAGAUCGGGAGAUUAUAUCGCGCCAUCAUGGUCGUGGGCCUCUUUUGAUGGAGGCGUCGAUUCACUUCUCUCGCACCAUCGAACUGUGUCAAAACCUAUAGAAUCCGCACCUUCCAGUAUUGAGUUUUACAUUACUGUGCAAGACACCGUACAUUCCGUUGAGACACAUGGCACUCCCAGCGUACAAUCUCGAAUGCAAGGCGGGUACAUAAUACUUCAGAGUCUAGUGAAAGAGGUGGAUGUACGUAGGUUGGUCUCCCAGCCAGAGUUCAUCCCGGAUUUCCUUUUGACCGACUGGAAUGAUGGCCAGUGGGUCUGUCUUGCGGGAUUUGCCGAAAUACAAGAUAGCCACACGAGUUGGGGUGCUUUGGUUCUCAGUCGUAUGAAUAUCCCCGAGACAAGUAAUUACGUUUAUGAAAGAGUCGGGUGUAUGGUGGGAAAGGAUUCAGUUCCUUGGGAUCAUGAAUACGGGUGGGAAACUCAGACUCUGAAGAUCGUCUGA